GGAGGAGGGCGGCGCAUAUGGAAGGGAGCGUGCGGGCGGCAGUGCGAGAGAGAAGGGGCACUCAGCCAGAGAUCCCGGAGCUGCAGGACCCGCCCCCGCCGUCACCCACACGACGCAGGACCGCAGUGGGCGCCCCCGCCUCCGCCUCGCCGACGUCGAGCCUCAGCCCGGCGCCAUGUCUUACACGAUCCGAGGCCGCAUCUCGCUCCACAGGCCUACGCCGCCCACGCCCGCGCCCACCCUGCUCCCGACGCCCGCGCCCCUGUGCGUCCCCAACAUCUACGAGCUCUACAAGGGCUACUUGGACGAUGGCGCGCUCGACCCGAAGGCCGUGACCGCGCUGCGCCUCCGCCUCCCCUGCCGCAAGGUCUUCCUCAGGUUCCUCGUCUCGAAUAAUCCCAGAGCCUGCCUGCCCUCCUCCCUGGGCACCAUGGACGCCAACGCCACCUCGGACGACAACGCCACAUCGGACGCCAACGCCGUCGAGUCGGAAGACAACCCGGAGUUGCAGGUGCUCCGGGAUGUUGUAUAUCACUACGUCAUGCCGGUGCUAAUUAUCACAGGUGUGCUGACCAACGUGAUCAACAUCCUGACGCUCUGGAAGGUCAACCAACUCCAGAAGCAGCAGCAGAACCGUCAAGCGCAGACGACCACGUACCGAUACCUCUUCUGGCUGGCGAUUGCCGACAUGAUGGCCUCCCUCUCCCUGGUGUUCGCGAUUGUGUUUCUUGAAAGGGGAGAACUGCCCUAUGGAUGGGCGUUCUACUACGCCCACUUUGAAACUCCGUUGAUGAACGGGCUGACGAGUGCCAGCGUCUACAUCGUGGUGGGGCUGUCAGUGGACCGCUACAUCGCCGUGUGCCACCCCAGGCGCUACAUCGAGCUCAGCGCGCCUCGCUUGGCUGUAAUCAGGAUAUUAUGCUCAUUCCUGGUCCCCGUGGCACUGUAUCUUCCGCAGGGCUUCUUCAUGGAGGUCGUGUGUGCCGCAUCCGGAGCUGGCUGGACGUACCAGUCGACCAAAACCAACGAGUCAGCAAAGCAGUACUAUGAACUCUUCGUGGAGCUCUGUCACCGCAUUUUCCCGGCCAUCAUCCUAGCUGUGCUCAACAGCUGCAUCAUUUACACCUUCCACAAGACGACGGCGAAGCGCAACCAGAUGAAGAGCAAGCUGCAGGUGUCCGUGCAGCUCAGUUCGGCCAGCAAGAGGAGCGAGGACCAGAGCAGACGGCACCAGGAGCAGAGGCUCGUCUACCUCCUGGUGGCCAUUGUCGUGAGUUUCUUGGCGACUACUCUGCCCGCUGCAGUGCUGGCCCUCAUUGACAUAGACGGCGCCACUUACGGCUCUUUUGGCCUUGAAGUGUUUCGCGCGUUAGCCAAUUGCCUGGAGGCCUUCGGGCUGUCCCUGAACUUCGUGCUGUACUUCGUGUUCGUGAGCGGCGUGAGGGAGGUGCUCAAGAACGCCGUGUGUGGCUUGGCUGCCCACGCGAAGGUAGACAGGGGAUGCUCUCACUCUUCCAACAGCAACUCAAAGAACACAGAAAGCGUCGAACUGUAAACUCACACACUUACAGGAACAUGUAAACAAAAGUAGAAACAACAGCAACAAAAAUAAUUCUCCCAACUUCUGGUGUUUAUACUGCAAACUUCGUGGAUUUCUACAUAACUAUAUUUUCAAUGAGUCAUGUCAAAGUCAUUUUUGUUGUUUCAGUACGACGUACUAACUGCUGCAAACAAGGAUCAAAUAAGGAUGUCAUUUACAAAAGAAAGAUAAAUAUUCACGGUAAGCAAGCCAAAUUGUAGACAGAGAGAAGGAGAGGAAGAGAGAGAGAGAGGGGUGGGGAGAGAA